AUGGAUGAGAAGCGAGAUCUAUACAAAAUUUUAAGCCUUCCGCAGAGUGCAUCAAAGCAGCAAAUACAAAAAGCUUAUUAUAAAUUAGCAAUACAAUGGCACCCAGAUAAAAAUAAAUCAACAGAAUCACCUAUAAGAUACGAAGAAAUAUCAACUGCUUAUCAUACUCUUUAUGAUAAUAAGUCAAGAGCCUUUUAUGAUUUGUUUAAUUAUCCCCGUAUCUCACUCCCAAGUGCUCAUAGGGCACCAGUUAAACGGCCUCUUGACCCACUUUUUGACUUUUCAGCAGCUGAUAAAGAAGAAAAUGAGAUCUGAAGUAAAUUAGAAAAAGUGAUGAAAGGGAUUAAAUCUGACUUUUCAUUUAAAUCAAAUAUAAAAGUGCAAAAAAGAAGCGAAAACGAAGAUGUGUACACAGCAAAAAUAGAAAACAGCCCAAUAUCUAAGCUUGAGCCAGAACGAACUCCAAUUUAA